UUUUCAGGUGGCCUUUUUGGACAUUUUUGGGGAACUCGGCCCCCAAAUAGGCGAGGGCGCGCGCGCAGGAUGGAGUCGGACGCGAGCCGCGUGUCGUCGCCGGAAACGGACGGCGCCUUCCCGUCUGGGCCUCGCCGCCCCGCGCACGGCUUCCCGGGCGCCGUGUCGUCCACGCAGGGCGACUCGCCCGCGGCGGGGCCCCCGCAUCUGCGCCACCAUUUCCCGCGCCGCCGCCACAACCGCCGCCGCCGCGACGACGACGACGACGACGAGGACGACGACGAGGACGGCGACGAGGACGAGGACGCGGCCUCCGACGCGCUGUCGGCGGCGCGCGCGGCCUCCAAGAAGGCGGAGCGCAAGCUGCUGUCCGAGCACGAGCUGCAGUCCAUCCGGCUGAAGAUCAACAGCCGCGAGCGCAAGCGCAUGCACGACCUGAACGUGGCCAUGGACGGCCUGCGCGAGGUCAUGCCCUACGCGCACGGGCCCUCCGUGCGCAAGCUGUCCAAGAUCGCCACCUUGCUGCUGGCCAGGAACUACAUCCUCAUGCUCAGCUCCUCGCUGGACGAGAUGAAGCGCCUGCUGGCCGACGUUUACGGCGCGGGCGCGGGGGCCUCGGCCUCGGCCGCCGCAGCCGCCGCCGCCGCCGCGCACCACCCGGCCUUGACUCACGCGCACCCGGCCGCCCUGGCGGCGGGCCCGCACGGCGUGCACCAUCCGCUGCUAGCGCCGCCGCCGCCGCCGCCUCCCCACGCCGCCAGGCCCCCGCACCGACUCCUCAAGGCCCACCCCCCGCCGCCCUCCUUCCAGCACUGGGGGGUCGCCGCCGGGAUGCCGUGCCCGUGCAGCAUGUGCGCGGUGCCGCGCCUGCACGCGGGAGACGCCGCCAAGUGAAUUGUCAAUUGUGAAUGUUGGUCAGAAAGGAAGGAAGCGAGGAGGGGAGCGAUAUUUAUUGACGAGGAUCACGUGACUCCACCCGCGGAAAGUAAAGUCCCCAAAAUGACAGCGGGGGGGAGGGGGGUGGACGGACAAUUACUUGCACCUUGCCUUUUUCGUUUCAAUUUGCGACCAAAAAAAACAAAACAACAAAUAAAUCCCCUGCCCCAUCCUCGACACGGUUCUCAUCUUUUGAGUUUGGAGCCUUGAAACAAGACGUGUCCCAUCCCCGCCUCACUUUUCAUCCUUGGCGCUUGGCGCUUUUGUUGGCUUUUUGUUUUGCGAGUUUGAGGGCGGCCCCGUUUCCCCGCAGUCUCAAGAGGAAUUCCCGUCGCCGCUUUGGCCUCAAGUGUCGAGUUGGCGAGCGCGCGUCGCGGCUCCUGGUCGACGCGCGCGGCCGUUUGAAGGCCUCGCCAAAUGCCGCCGCUUCUUCGGCGGCGUCGCGCGCGCGCGCGCGAUUAUUUUGGUCGGCAUCGCGGGGAGAAUUAUCGGGUGACGCAGCAACCCCCAAAAACGCCCCCCCUAGCCCCCAGACGUUAGCGUUUUUGGUUUCUACGCGACAGGCCGUCCCGCGGGGACGCGCGCCGAGCUUGCCGAGGCGUCAAAGUUGAGAUGAAAGCGUUUUUGUCUGUUUUCCUGAACAUUUGCAGUGGCGCGCCGGCGGCUUUUGACUCUGCGGCCGCCGAAGCGCUCGCUUGUGUUUUUGCUCCGACUGCAUCUUGCGGCAGAGAAACAAAAGGCCAAAAACGGCCGCGCCGCCGUCGUCGCUUCUGCUUCGGGCGCGCGGGGGGGGGGGGGGGGGGGGGGGUAUUUUCGCCGCGCAACCGCAUGCGACGGCUGCCCCCCCAAACCCCACUUCGUGACAAAUUCAAAAGCCCCCCGACCCCCCCUCCAAAAAAAAAUCAUCCAGAAAAGAAUGAUUUUCGUCACAAAAAUAGCAAGAGCAAAAAAUAAAGAAAUACAAUGCCGCGAAGAAUAAUUUAGGAGGACGUCAGUCACGGUUAGAAAAAAUCAUGCACCGGAAUUGUUCUAAUAUGAAUGAAUAAAGUUGAAUUAAGAAUGGAAAAUAUUGAUAUUAACAUGAAUUAAAAACAAAACAAAACGAUCAUCGUCCAAAAAAUUUAGGAGGACGUUAGUCACGGUUAGAAAAAAAAUCAUGCACGGGAAUUGUUAUAAUAUGAAUGAAUAAAAAUGAAUUGAAAAUGGAAAAUAUUAAUAUUAACGUUAAUUAAAAAACAAAACAAAACGAUCAUCGUGCAAAAAAUGGUCUGGAGCUGCGUGCGCCCGUCGCCCCGGUGAGGAGAAGCGAGACGGUGGAAGAAGCGUCAACGAGCAACGAAUAAAAAGCCAAAUGCCGCUCACAGGACUGAGCACGGCUGUGUGCUGGCUGGGGGGCUGGCGGGAGGGGGGAUGGGGGGUCUUUGUGCGCCCGCGGCCGCCUCGCCGGCCUCGAAGCCGAACUACUCUCACUGCCGCGGCGGCCCGCCGAGGCUUCUCCAGUCCAGGCCAGGCAGGCCACUUUUUUUUUUGGCCGUUGCUUUUCACACGCGCAACGCAACGUCCUUGGCGCGCUCCCCCAAAAAAGACAAGUGCUGCGAAUGGGGGAGGCGGGUGGGGGGGGGGGGAGAGCAAGGCGGAGGUGGUGAAGGCUAUUCGAUGCCCGCGGGUGGCCAUCGGAGCAAGCCGCCGCCACUCAUCGCGGGUCUCGGCGGGCUCGGACGACGACCGCCCGCGACUGGCGGGGUGGGGGUGGGGG